AUGGGGUCCCUGGUCUCCGCGCUGCGCAUCCGAGAACCGAGCACCGUGGAGGACUGCGACUCCACCUGGUGCUCUGACUCCGAAGAAGAGAGUGAUGGAGGCGGCGUGCAAAGAGGAGAAAGCCCCGGGGAGGAGAGGCGAGACCCGGGGGACCAGGGCGAGGUGUGUGAUUCUCCAGAGUCGGUGCCGAAGGUGAAGAGAAGUUUCUACGCAGCUCGAGACCUGUACAAGUACAGACACAGCAGUUACCAGAGUUACCGUAAGUCAAGACAGCCAAACGAAUACCGUAACUUGCGUUUCUAUCUGAACAAGAUCCCGCUGGUUCCUGACGGAAUCUACAUCGAGGAGAUUCUGACAAAGUGGAGAGGAGACUACGACAAACUGGAACACAACCACACGUACAUCCAGUGGUUGUUUCCGCUGCGAGAACAAGGGCUGAACUUCUACGCUCACGAACUCACUCAGGACGAGAUCAAAGAAUUCCAAAGCACUCGUGAGGCCAAGCGCCGCUUCCUGGCGGCGUAUUCUCUGAUGCUCGACUUCUACGGCGUCAAACUAUUGGAUAAAAACGGAAACGUGACUCGAGCCGCGAACUGGGAGCAAAGGUUCCUCCACCUGAACGAGUCUCAGCACAAUUACCUGCGCAUCACUCGGAUCCUGAAGUCUCUGGGGGAGCUGGGGUACGAGGGCUUCAAGGCUCCGCUGGUGCGCCUCCUCCUGCAGGAGGCGCUAGAGCGCCGCACACUGGUCAACAUGCGUCACAGCGCUCUGGAGUACUUUGUGUUCACUGUCAGACUGCGCUCCUCCCGCCGCCGCCUCCUCAGAUACGCACAGAGACACUACACCCCCCCACACGCCUUCAUCUGGGGGAAACCCAGGGGGGAGAGGGGGGAGGAGGGGGAGGAGGGGGAGGGCAGUGGGUACAGGGCUCCCAACCCUACCCCAGAACAUCAUAGGAGAGAGGAGCUGGAGGAGUGA